AAUUCUCAAUAUCAUUGUGACAUUUGCAGUUUUGAUGCUUGUUCUAGCCAUUGCAAACCUGGUAAAGUAUGCGAACCUACAAGUCGCUGCCGGAGACGUCAUCCUCUUCGUUAUGCACAAACCCCUGCAAUGUGGAUGUGUGAUGAAUGUAGAAAAAUUUGUUAUGGUAGACGUUUACGAUGUAAUCAAUGUGACUAUGAAAUGUGUCCAACAUGUUUGUCAAAUGAGGAUCUUGCUUAUUUGAUGGCAA